GUCACCAGACUCCAGCCUGGGAGGCUGAGUUCAGGGCAAACACUUACCCACAGAAGAGUAGCUAGCUAGCUAGCUGGCCAGUUCACCAGUCGUGUUGACAGACAGUUAAAGCCUCACCGUUACUGAUUUUAGAUGUUAAAGAAACCGGAACUCAGAGGAAUCAUGUUUGAAAACUUCAGAGAGAGACUUCAUAUGGUCCAGCAGGAUUUCACAACGGGAUUCAAGAUCCUUGGAGACAAAUCCAGAGAUACUAAGAUCAGGAGUAAGCCCCGGUUUGAAGAAAGCCUUCCUCAUUUCAGCGCUGGACUAGACAUCCUAAGCAGGUAUGAGGAGAGCUGGUUUCUACUCCAUAAAAGAACCAAAGACUGUGCCCAGACUGCAGAGGCAGUUGAUGGGGACAUAGUGAUGCUCUCAGCACACUGGGAGAAAAGAAGAACAGCUCUGACUCAGCUACAGGAACAGCUACAAGGCUUGCCGGCCUUCAUCAGUGAACUAGAUGCCGUCACUGCUAACAUAGCUCAUUUGGAAGGUGACUUCGAGGAGAUGGAAAGCCGGCUGGUCUACCUGGAGACGCUGUGUUGUCAGUGUGAACAACAGACGGUCAAACAACAUCACGUCAACCAACUAGAAGUCUAUAAGAACAAGAAGAGGAGGGAGAUCGAGGCGCUGGAAGUGGAACUGAAUUCUGAUCAUGCUCAGAAGGUGGCCGAGCUGGAGCAGGCCAUGCAACAGAAACUGAGAGAACGACAGAAGGUCUACGAGGAAGCCUUCAACCAAGACAUGCAGCAGUACCUGUCCACCGGAUACCUGCAGCACAGAGAACCAACAGGAGCUGAUGUGCGUGUUCUGGAUCAGAUGACAGUAACUAACAUAUCAGACCAGGAGGCUCUGGAUGACUUCCUCAACUCCACUGGUGACGAUGACAUGAGCACAGGCUCAUCACUGACCUCAGGUCCAGACCUCGACUCCUGCUCCUCUGACUGUUCGAGAACCCAAUCGGCCGGAGCCCCUCCCACAGUCAGCCCAGGGUCCAAUCAGGACGCAGCGUGGGAGCAGGACAAGGAAGCGGCCAGCGAGGAGAGCGACGAACCUCUGGUGCAGUCGGAUGAAGAGGACGUCCAGCUGGACAUGUCGUUGGUCAACUUACAGGAUGUUGGCGCCAGGAGGGCCUCCGACGAGAGCAACCCUGCAGGAGACCUACCCUGCGGGUAACCUAGCAACCAGGCCUUUGAAUACAGGGUAAACACUCACUAUUGUUACCACUCUGGUGCUCUCUUGCUUCGACACACACAGCUCCCAUCUCCAGCCGACAUGAGCAGCACUUCACUGACUCUUUCCCAUGAGGUUUGAUACAACAGUUUUCAUAUGGUGGGCACAUGGCACAUGAGGGCUGUGCUAACAGCUAACAUGUAUUAGCUCUCCUCCUGCUGACUUGACACGUGUUGUUGUUGCUGCUGUUAAUCUGUAGCUUAAAUGAGAUGAUAACCUGACAUAUGAUCAUGCAUAGACUCGCCAAUACCCGAUGCAACAUUUUCGGAGGCAUUUCUGAUACUGGUAUCAAAAUUGAAAAAUGACAGUUGCCACAGUGUCAAGAAGUGGUUUGAAUCUAGCUGUAUAACACCACUGCAUUCACAUGUACAGCAAUCGCUAAACCUUUUUGGGUUCAGGCCAAUAUAUCUGUAGUAAAUUCUGUAUAUAGGAAUUUACCUUAUUUCACGGUUUAAGUCCUCAAAACACAGAUUUAUUGUAUUGUAUUUCCCUUUGUGCUCACUAAUAUGCAAGAAGGCGGCGUACAUGUGCAACAGGUCAGUAAUUAUGUCUACGUCUCUGCUUGCGGCCAAACAAUAAAGUUCUUUAACAAGA